AACUCCACUCAGCAGUAGUUGUCGGAGACCGUGCCGGAGACAUGUGUGGAAUCUUUGCAUAUCUGAACUAUCACGUGCCUCGCUCUCGCCGAGAGAUCCUUGAGAUCCUCCUCAAAGGCCUGCAACGGCUGGAGUACCGCGGUUAUGACUCUGCAGGAGUGGGUAUUGAUGGAGGGAACAAUAAGGACUGGGAGAGCAAUGCCAAGAGCAUCCACCUGAUUAAACAGAGAGGCAAAGUCAAAGUCCUGGAUGAGGAGAUCAACAAGCAACAGGACAUUGAUCUUGAUGUAGAGUUCGACGUGCACCUCGGCAUUGCACACACUCGCUGGGCCACACACGGCGUCCCCAGUCCUGUCAACAGCCACCCACAGAGAUCUGACAAACACAACGAAUUCAUCGUCAUUCAUAAUGGAAUCAUCACCAACUACAAAGACCUGAGGAAGUUCUUGGAGAGUAAAGGUUAUGAGUUUGAGUCAGAGACCGACACAGAGACCAUCGCUAAACUGGUGAAGUACAUGUACGACAAUCGUGAGAACAAUGACAUCAGCUUCGCCACUCUGGUGGAGCAGGUCACCCAGCAGCUGGAAGGAGCUUUCGCACUGGUCUUCAAGAGCAUUCACUUCCCAGGAGAGGCUGUGGGAACAAGGAGAGGAAGUCCGAUGCUGAUUGGUGUGAAAAGUGACCACAAGCUCUCAACAGAUCACAUUCCUGUCCUGUACCGCUCCUCUGGUAAGGAUAAGAAGAGCUGCACCACUCUUCCCAGGAUGGACCAGGACACCUGUCUGUUUCCUGUGGAUGAGAAAGCUGUGGAGUACUACUUUGCAUCUGAUGCCAGUGCUGUGAUUGAACACACCAACCGAGUCAUCUUCCUGGAAGACGAUGACAUCGCUGCGGUAACAGAAGGCCGUCUGUCAAUCCACCGGAUCAAACGGACAGCAGGAGACCAUCCGGCCCGUGCCAUCCAGACCCUGCAGAUGGAGCUGCAGCAGAUUAUGAAAGGUAACUUUAGUUCCUUCAUGCAAAAGGAAAUCUUCGAGCAGCCUGAGUCUGUGGUCAACACCAUGAGAGGCAGAGUCAACUUUGACGACAACACUGUGACGUUGGGAGGCCUGAAAGAUCACAUUAAGGAGAUCCAGAGGUGUCGGAGACUCAUCCUCAUUGCUUGUGGGACCAGCUACCAUGCAGGAGUAGCAACUCGUCAGGUCUUGGAGGAGCUGACGGAGCUGCCCGUCAUGGUGGAACUGGCCAGCGACUUCCUGGAUCGUAACACGCCUGUCUUCCGGGAUGAUGUGUGUUUCUUCAUCAGCCAGUCAGGUGAGACGGCAGACAGUCUGCUGGCUCUGCGCUACUGCAAGGAGCAAGGCGCGCUGACUGUCGGAAUCACCAACACUGUGGGCAGCUCCAUCUCUCGUGAGACCGACUGCGGUGUCCACAUCAACGCCGGCCCUGAGAUUGGAGUGGCGAGCACUAAGGCCUACAGCAGCCAGUUUGUGGCCCUCAUCAUGUUUGCUCUGCUGAUGUGUGACGACAGAAUCUCCAUGCAGCCAAGGAGACGGGAGAUCAUUCAGGGCCUCAGAGUACUUCCAGAUCUGAUAAAGGAGGUGUUGAGUCUGGAUGAGGAGAUCCAGAAGCUGGCCGCUGAGCUCUAUCAGCAGAAAAGCGUCCUCAUCAUGGGCCGAGGCUACCACUAUGCCACCUGCCUAGAGGGUGCACUGAAAAUAAAGGAGAUCACGUACAUGCAUUCAGAGGGAAUCCUGGCUGGAGAACUGAAGCAUGGUCCUCUGGCUCUGAUAGACAAGCUAAUGCCUGUCAUUAUGAUCAUCAUGAGAGACCACACCUACAUCAAGUGCCAAAAUGCUCUGCAGCAGGUGGUGGCGAGACAGGGUCGUCCUAUAGUGAUCUGUGAUAAGGAUGACUAUGAGACCAUCAAAAACUCCAGCCGCACUAUUAAAGUGCCUCACUGUGUGGACUGCCUGCAGGGCAUCCUCAGCGUCAUCCCACUGCAGCUGCUGUCCUUCCACCUGGCCGUGCUGCGCGGAUACGACGUGGACUGCCCAAGAAACUUGGCCAAAUCUGUCACAGUGGAGUAGAACCUUCGAGCUUCAUCAUCCCAAGAACGUGACCUACAACAGACACAGACACACAACUAAAUACUAAAACAUAAUGAAAACAAUCAACACACUUCCUUUUCUACAGGUUUCAUCAAAGUCUUUUUACUUCAUCUCUUUCUUUCAUAUUAUGAGCCUCAACUGAACCUGUCUGUCUGUAUGUGAUGAGGAGUGGCGCUACUGAUUGUACUGUCCUGUUUGUUUUUGGUGGUAAGUUAUGGGGUGGCCAUUUUUUUUACUGUGGGCUAACUGGAUAUUUAAUAGUUUGUGCUCCUCAACUUUUCCUAAACCUCAUCACUUUGUUUAGUUUAGCUAGUCUGGUCCCCAAAUGCCAAACUUCAAAGAUCCUUGUCAUAGAUUUGUCAUAGAUAGGUUUUAUUAGCAUAAAUAGUGAUAAUGUUGAGUAAGGCUUCAGUUCACUACUUUGGCUGAAAGCCCUGAUCAGAAUUUUGUGAUUGAGCUGUGAUAGUUUUACUGAUAAUGUGACACUUUAGGAGGGGAAAAGUUAAACCCCUUUAAAAAACAAUCAGGGUCUUAGUUUGCAUUGCUUGUGUUCAUUCAAUCAGAACUUUUACUUACUGCAUAUCCUCUGCUGAUGUUCGGAUUUCCAGAGAUUAGUAUUGUAGGUGGCAGAGCUGCACAGCACAUCAUUUGUAAAACAUUAUUGUGAUACUAGCAUUUUGCAGAGGGCUUUAACCAAUCACAGCCCUAGAUGUUUUAAUAAAUGCAAAAUAUAUUGGUAAAAAAAAGCAGUGUAAACUUUAGCCAGAUUAUAUUAUUGAUGCACCAAUAUGCAUUUUAAUGUGUUGUGAUGCACAUCAUGAUCGCGAUAUAACAAUAAAAUCGCAAAACUGGUAUUUAACCUAUAUCAUUUGCAUAUAGUCAUAUGCAAAAGUUUGGACGCCCCUGGUCAAGUGAGCACAUCUACAGAGAACACACUUCUGCACAUUUUAAUGCACAGUUACUGUUUAGUUGCUAUAUAAUCCAUAAAAUAUGGCCUGUGUAAAAGUCACAUAUUUUUGAUGUUUUAUUUAUUCCGAUAUGUUAAACACAAAAAUACAUAUUAACUGCGCACUAAAAUUUGCUGAAAAAGCCAUAUUUCAGUUCUCUCUAGAGGAUGUUUUGACACAUUUUCACUUCAGUUCACUUCAUAUUUUCACGUUACCAAAACGCACAGCUGGGGGUGUUUAGAGUUUUGCAUGCGACAGUAGUAGCUAGAAAUGCUGUUACAGUCAUUGGGAUGGAUUAUCUCAGUACAUCUUGUCUAGUGGUUUAUCUUAAUGCAUUCCAAGACAGAAGUCUAGUUUUCUGGUUAGUUAUCUGUCCGUACGUUUUUGCUAUUGAUGAAGAAGUUGUGUCUUCCGCAGCUCUUAAUGAGAGUCUGUUAGGUGGCAGAGGUCGGAAGACUUUAUGGUCAGUGACUUUGAAUGGAGUCAGAACAAGUCAAUGUCUUCUGUUCAUAAUGAAGAUCAUAAUGAAUGCAUCAUUCUUUUGACGGUGAUGCCCAGUCUAACGUAGAUUAGAUGUUGCAAAUAUGAUGCACUUUUGCCAAAUUGGAGAUGUGGUCACACUGGCAUGCUGGUGAUAAUGUGAUGAUGACUUGAAAGAGAAGUCAAGCACUGCUCAGUUAAGAGUGGUGUUCCUAGUUACUGAAAGCAGGGAAUCCAGAUCUUACUCUUUUACCGUGUUGCAGUGUGUAGUGGUUUUCUUUGGUGCCUAAUCACUUCAUUUGGAAGAACUUUAUAGCUGAACAGUGAAAUCAAGUUCAUUGUCAUGACCACACGGAUAUUCUGCUACCUGUAGUUACUUGAAUAGUUUCCCCAGCAUAGUUACUUGUCAUUGUUACAGUCUUUACCGAUCUUGAGAUUAAAUGCAAUUUGGGGUGAAUUAUGAAGCUGAAUUAAUUGAUUUGCCAACUUUAAGAUGAAGCCAUUCAUUUCAGCACUGCAGUACCUUAAAGGAAAAGUCCAGUGUUUUUUCAACCUGAUCUCUGUGUACAGCACCUGUAGCGUUUGGUCAGUUACCACGAACAAUAAGUUUGACUUGUUUGAUAUUCCUGAAGACCCUUUAAACUUAUAAGAGGAGUCAAUGGACUAAUGCUGAAUUCCAUUAAUUCACCCAAAACCUUCAAAGAUGUUUGUAAAUAAAGCUGUAAAAUUAAAUCUGUCAAAGGUGGUCGAGUGUUUUAGCCAUUUGCGCAGGAACCUUCCAUAAUUUUGGAAGUAGAAGGAUAUAGUUCAAAGGAAAUUUACAAGUAUAGCAAGAAUUUUGGCCGUAGGACGUUGGCAUUGCUGCUACUGACUGCUGAUUGGUUGGCAAAGCUGAUCAGCUCAUUGACUGAAACGGUUCAAUACUUAAUUACGCCGUGAAUGUACAUAAGACACUGCUAGAGGGUCCUAUAACUGGCUCAGAAAUAUGACAUUUGAUUACUGUAUGCUCUUCAAAGAAGUUCAAAAGAUGAAUUUUUCGGUGUAAAAAUUAAGCGUUUUACAAACUUCCUCUGCACAAAAGCUCAUCAGGAACACAUUCAAUUUGGACUCUCUCAGGAGCGCCCUCUAGUGUCAGACAGCCUUGGGAGAGUACUGAGUAGUAAAUCUCCUCACUUCACGUUCUCUGCUCCUGCCUAAUCACAUAUGGAUAAAAACAUGUGGAAGCUGAAAGUAACCGGAACUACUUACACCAUUGAUCCAGGGUUUGAGUGUUUGGUAAAACUUCAUAAGCACAGCUUUAAGACCUGAGUGUGGAAGUACAGGGGAAUAUGGUGGAAUUACUGUUUGUGGUAUACAUGACGCAAUACAGGUCCAGAAGGUAAAGAUUAGUUCCUUACCAACGUUUGUUCACAGAUACAGAAAUUGAGCUUUAUAGUCCACCCCUUGGGUAGUGUUUGCAGAUUGUUUUUGUUUGUUUUUUUUGUGUGUUUUUUUCAUUGACGAUGUUAUGAAGAAUCUCAAGUUUACAGUGUGGUUGCCAACAGAAGUAGGAACAACCAAAAACAUGAAGUAUGUUUUUUUUUUUUGUUUGUUUGUUUUUUUGGUUUUGAAAUACACAGAGCCACCCCAUACCAUACCACCUACCUCCUGUUUGAUUACCAUGGGACCAUUUGCUUUAUAUUUGUGCUUGUUUUUCUAUUGUGUUCUAAUGUUACUGGGUACAGAAGGGUUAUUGUAUUUUUUACUGUAAUCAAAUUUGUUUAUAAUCUCAAUAUUCGACUGUCACACCUGCCUCUGUUUCAUUAUCGCCCCUUUUGUGUUGUUCAGUCUUGAUUAUAUAGAAAAGUACAUCUUACUUGAAUAUUUUGUUUAGAAGGAUCAGACAGGUUGAAGCCAAAAGCAUCUACUCAUAUGUAACCAAAGGUGUGCUUCCCUUGGGGUUGCUUAAAAGUGGUAGAUUUGGGGAGGUCAAGGGGGCAAUAAUUUUUUGGACUUUUUAUUUGCUGUGUUUCAUGAGGGAGUUGAAUAUAUCCUCUCAGGCACUUCAGAAGACUCUCAACAUCCUGGCCUUUUCUCUGUGGAAUAUCAUGGCGAAUUGGCUGAGGUGCUGUUGCUGAUUUUGUUAAGCCUUUCAGGUCAAUCAGAGUACAGGAUGAAAAAAAAGGACAUUUACUAUUAAUAUAUUACCAUAUUCAUAGCCUCAUUUCGAGCAUCUGCUUCUUCACUUUAAUAUUAAGCCUUGCAAUCAGGUUCUGGACACACACUGGGGUCACAAAGCUUUCCCACUGCUAGUUCCAUUAUACAUUUUUAGGUAUGAAAGGAAGUGAAAACUCUAUGGGCCUUACAGCAGAGUGAAUAACACUUGUUAAUAAACGCUGCUUAGUUUCUUGUAAGGAGGUUUGCAGCCAUAUUCCCUAAUUAAGGUGAUGGCACUGUCUCAAUCCGCUGUGUUUUGGGAUGCGGUUGUGGGAUUUUAUUUACAACCAGAGUAGCUGCAAUAAAAUUCUGAAUAUGA